AUGGAACCAAUGCACCCAGAAAGCACAUCGCCCCGGCCAACUAAAACCCUUGGGUCCGUUCGGUCUUUCACUCGUCUUGAAUCGCAGAGCCCACCUACUCGUUCGCGAUCAGCCACCCUUAACUCAACCGUUGGCCCAGGAGUAUCAUCGUCGUUUGGCGCGUUUUCGGAAUCGAAUUUCACUUACGACUCAGUGGAUUAUGUCGAGAGCUCCCAUCUUACGGGAUUAGGGGACCCUGAUGAUCGUAUGUGCGAUGCUGUGGAUGAAUCUCUUCCCCAGUUGGAACUUCCGGUGGAAGUAAUCGAAAUGACGGAUAGUUCACACGAUUCACAAGCUUCUGACCAACUGUUGGUGUCGAUGAGUGAGAUCGCGCAGAGGAAAAAAGACAGGAAAAGAAGAGAUACCCUCCAGGUUGCGCUGCAAGAGAUGGUAGAGAAGAGAGUUACCGAAGCUGUCUUUGACAGGAUAUGGCGCCAUUAUGGAGCUGAAGAUGAAGCAAGAGAUGAAGCUUUGAGGAGCAAGACAAUGGCACUAGCGGUCGUUGGGAUCGGUUUAAAGGAACUGGGGCUUGAAGAUAACAUCAACGUAAUGGACUUAAGGCCUGUUUGUGAAGCGCUUCGGGAUUUGAAUACCACUAAAUGUCCCCGCGACAAACUUCGUCUCCUGAAGAGAGCCCACAAGGCAAUAGUUGAUACCCUAACUAGUGUGGUCCCAUCCACUUCGUCGUCAGCAGAUCAUAUACUGCCGAUAUUGAUAUAUUCUCUCAUCAUUUCACCCCCCAGUGUCCAUAUCGUUUCGAACCUCUUGUAUAUUCAAAGGUUUAGAUACCACAGAUCGAUAGAUGGUGAAGCUGCAUACUGUCUAACAAACCUAGAAGCAGCUGUCUCUUUUUUAGAGACUGUGGACAUGGGAACACUCGCUGCCGAUGAAUCGCGCGUGACAGCCUCUGUAGAAUUGGAACCAGGCAGGAUAUCAAGUGCCUCGUUGCUUCCCUAUGCUGAACAUACAGGAAAUAGGCCCCUUGCCGUAAUUGCACCGGCCAUCACUGAUACGUCUCCGGCCAAUGCUCCGCCCAGGUCUGAAACUAGAGCCCAGAAGGAAGCCCCGGUAGUCCCUUCGAUGACUGGUGCAACCCGACGAAUGACUUAUCUCACCCCGGUAGAAUUUGCAACAUCAGCAGCUACAAGUGCGGUGAAUACCGCUGACCAAUCUUUGAAAACGAUUGGCAACAGUUUAGAGAACUCUUAUAGGUUCUUGUUUGGGAAGCUCUCUGAUAAACGAACGGACCUUCCAAAAACUCUGGAAGAUGUCCGAAAACUUGUUGGGACACCAGUCCAAGACUUGGAGCCUCCAAGAGAUGCCGACAUCUAUCGCCAUCCGUAUUCCGAGGGUCUGAAAACAGUGGGCUCUCAUAGUGGUGAUGGUCUCGUCACUUCGAUGAGGCAAGUCGAAACCUCCGAUACUAGCAACAACACAAGGGAAGAAACGGUCAAAGUUCCACAAGAUCAUGAAAUUAUUACAGGCACGCCGCUCAGCAUCAUUGAACCUUCGACUAGUCAAGGAGCAGCAUAUACGCCUGUUGCAGAGAGUGUUCGGAACCUGUAA